AUGCGCGGCCGCGGGCAACGUCGUAGCGGACGAGGUGGCGUCGAGGGAGGGCGGCGGCAGGCCAGCAGGUUGGUGGCGAAGAAGAUGAACCCGUACGCAUACCGCGCCCUCAGCGACUGCCGCCUCCUCGCCUCGUACGCACCGUCGUCUCCACACAGCUCCGCGCCUCCUUCCUUGGUCAUCAUAUCCCGGCUCCUGCCGUCGCCGUUGCUCCCGAACGAAACGCUUCCUCCGGUCAGAUCAGCACUUGAUUUCAGCGCGGAGCAACCGGAUUGGUCGCCGCAACAAUGCCGUACGGAAUUCGGACGCGAAAGGGAAGGGGAGACGAGUAACUCACGGGCGCGCGGCGUUACUCCUGCUCGGCAGAGGCACUCCACGGCGGUGCGGGGCGGCCGGGGGUGGGUGUUGUGCUGCCUCGUUCGCUUUGCGCCGCGGGAGCCACCUUUAAUCGACGGUGAGCCCAGUGCUGAGGAGGAGUCCGAGUCUGAGGAAGACAAGCCCGAGGAAGAGGAAGAGUCGAGCGACAAUAGCGACGAUGAUGAAGAGACGGUGGAUUUGGGCAACAACAAGGUCACCGAUGAGUACAACGGUGACUCCAAUGACGAGGAGCUUGAGGAGGAGGGUGACAGCGAGGAGGGCUCCGAUGAGGAGGAGCCAAAUGAGGAGGGUGACGAUGACAACGAUGAGGGCGAUGAGGAGCCUAAGGAGGAGGAGGAGAAGGCCGAGGGAGAUGAUAAUGAUGACGAUGGCAACAAGGAUGAGGAAGGCUAUGAGGAGGACCCUAACAACCCACACUGGUCCUAG